UCUCCCUGAUGAUUCACUUGCUCUUACGAACAACGAUAGUAGCCAAUGGUCUGUUGGUACUGCUACUUCUAUUCGUGCCAGGUUUUUUGUUCUUAAUGAGAGGCUAACCAUCGGAGAGAUCAUUGAUAGCUCUGUGGUUGGCACUUUUGUUACUCUUGGGACCAUUGAAACAAUUGAUACUGAACGUGGCUGGCAAUAUCUAAGUUGCAAAUACCACAACAAAAAAGUGAUGCCUACAACCAAUGUUGAUGCUGAUGAUCGGCCCUUGUUCUUCUGCAAUACGUGUGACAAAGAACAUAGUGAUGUUAUUUCCAGGUUCAAAUUAAUUGCCAAUGUCAAGGACGAUAGCGGUGAGGCUAAUUUUCUGUUGUUUGAUGCUAAUGCUCAAGCAAUUGUGCGUCAUUCUGCUGCUGAACUCUAUGACGAGAAUGAAGAUGAAGACUUCUUACCUGAAGCAGUGAGCGAUCUCUUUGGUAAGAGAGUCCUUUUUGAGAUUUCAGUUGACGCUGAUAACAUCAAAACAUCAAAGGAAAGAGUUCUCAGUAUGUUGUUCGAUUGGCUACUGAUGACCGUGAAAUGGUUGAGGAAUUUGCUGAUUUGCCUCCUAAAUCUAACCCGGUACUAAUGUUGGAGUCCGCAGAUGAUAUUUCCUCUGGUUCUGUUGGUUUUACAGCAACUCCUUUGUCCAAAAGAAAAAGCGAACAAGAUGACGACAGUUGCCUUGAGGAUCAACACUCUGUUAACAAGAAACUCUCUCAAAAGAAACUCAAGGGCGAGUGAGCUGUCUCUUUUUGAUGAGUUGCUGUCCUUUAUAGUGUUAUGGCUUUGUUUUUGCUUCAUUUUUUAAAACUUUGUCUGAGUAUCUUUGUCUUUGGUUUUGUUUA